AUGGCUCCUGGUAUCAUAGCCCCCGUCCCGGGCAAUGUCACAUCCCCUUUCUACAGCAAGCUGCCCGGUAACUCUAGACAUGUCUCUGGUAUGUCUAGUAAGUUCGACAAUGACAACCACUCUAACAGUGGUAUGUCGCGCUCCUUGAUGCCCCGGAAGUUCCACUCCGCUGUCAGCGCAAAACUCUCUAGUGUGGUCCAAGGUCUUCGGCACCAGAGCGGCACUGAAUUGGGUGUAAAUGCGUCUUAUACGCUUUUUAAUACCAGCCACGCUACCAUUUUAGAAUGGAUCGCCACCGAGCGCAUGAGCCAUCUGCCUCCCGAAGGAAGCAGCUAUGAUAAGGUGCUCGCUUGGGCCCAGCUCUUCGUUGAGCGCCUACACUCCUUUGACGAGGCUAUUGGCGACUUUGAGGGAAAUAGCUGGCUCGCUGCUCAGCUCUCUUACGGAUACUGUGCAAUGCUCCUCAAGCUUGGCAAAGAAAAUGCGCCAGCUCUGAUGGCUUCGUUCGGGUUUUUCUACAGCACUUCUUCAGCUCUGGUGAACCUGCUUGAGCGCACUGAGCUCUUCACUGUUUCCCAGACGAUCAAGGACCAGCUGGUUGAGGCACUGGCUGACCUUGUUUCUUUGGUCGCCCGUGUUUCCACUCACUUCCACCAGUCCAUCUACGCACUUUCUGAGGGCUCAAUCUCCAUCAACAUCUAUGACACCUUCACUGAUCAGAUUGAGUCUUUCCGUGAGCGCUGCGCGAAGAUCUCAGACUCCAUGUGGAGACACCAGCUCGCGCAGGACAACAAGGACCCCGAGAACGUGGCCGUUGUCAAGUCCGUCCAAACAUGGCUGUCCCCGGAGGACCGCAUCCUCGCCCGCCUGGCCGAGAACACCUCCCACCUUGCGCACGAGCGGGAUGAGAUGACCUGCCUCUGGAUGAACCCAUACCUGACCCACUUCCUCAAGAGUGACAACCACGUUCUCGCCUUUACUGGUGCCCUUGGAUCUGGAAAGACUGUCCUCGCCUCCGUUAUUGUCGACCGUCUGCAGGACCACAUCGGCGGUGUUACAUACAAGUCAUUGUUUAUUCCGAUCAAUUCCAGAAUCCCAGCAGAGACUACCCCCGUCGCCAUUGUGAAGACAAUUCUAUUCCAGCUCUUUGAAAAGCGUAUUGGUAACGUCCAGCUACUGCAAAUUCUGCACGAGGCCUACGACGCCAGCAAGAAGGCCACCAACGAGACAGAAUACGAGAACAUUCUCUGGAAUGCUCUGGAGAAUGCCUUGAGCGCAGCUCUUGCCCGCGCUAAACACCUUGUUAUCGUUGUUGAUGGCGUUGAUGAGGCUUCUUGCGGCGAGGCACCCUUGCUCCAGAAGCUGAUUGCUGCCACCUCCAACGGAGUGAAUGUCAAGCUGAUCACCCUUGGUGCCGAGAAGCCCCAGACUUCUGCCAGCCUGAUGCAUGUCCCCAUUGGCGGUGACCGCAUUGCUGAUGACAUUUCCACCGUCGUCCGAAGCAACUUCACCGCCGCCAAGUUGCCUGGCACCAAGGUCUUCUUGGCUAUGGAUGAGAUGGAGCAGGAGACCCUCGUUGACCAAAUUAGCGAGGCCUCUCGCGGUUCCUUCUUAUGGGCGAAGCUGUGCACCGAGCGCGCUCGCCUUGGACAUACCCCCGAUGCCCUCCGCAAGGUCGUCGACACUAUUGUCAAGGGCAAGCCCACCAUUGCCGAUUUUGUUCUCCACAGCAUCCAGGCUCCCGAGGUCACCGAAGAGGCCAAGCUUAUGUUGCUUUGGCUCGCCACAGCUGACCGUCCUCUGCUGACAAGUGAGCUCACCAGCUUGGCUUCUAUCGAGCCGGAGAAUCAGGUUGUUACUGAUCGCAAGGUCAAUAUCCGCCAAGUCUUGAAGCCUUUGAACUCCAUCAUCUUCAUGCAGGAUGGCCAGGUUUAUCUUCGUCACGGUCUGAUCAGAACCGCCGUGUUGCAUGUCUUCUCCAAGGGCAAACUGAUCCCCACGGUCAAGGACCUUCACGCUGACCUUGUCACCCGCCUCUUGGUCUACAUCAAGCACACUGUUCCUGAACAACAUGAGCCUUCCCUCAACCCCCUUGAUGGUCGUGAUAUCAGCCCUCGUGUGAAAACCCACCCUCUCCUUGACUUUGCCAUUCGCUACUGGCCUCGUCACUUGAGACAGACCACGGUCUUCACUACCGGUGGCAAUGCUCCCACCGCUAAGGAGUUUGGCGAGGUACUUCCAACCAGCGUUACCCUCUUGCUGCUCCAGAACACGCUCUGGAACAACUUCUCCAUGCCGACCCUGCUAUCAUACCAUACCACUGUUACCGACCUGUUCCGCGAGAUCUUGGGGAUAAAUCAUCCUGCAACCCUCCAGUCCAUGAUCUCAUUGGCUCUGUUGUACCGUGAGCUCAACCAACCCCAAGAGGCUAUCCCUCUUAUCUACCAGAUUACCACCACCAGUCGCACUUUGCUCGGUACCACCCACACCAUCACGAUGCAGAUGGCUCUCCUGUUCCUUGACCUGACUGUUGAUAUGGUCACUACUACUAAGUCGGAUGUCAUGACAAGGCGUGAGGAACUUCUCAUCAUCAUUGUCGAGUGCUAUCAGACUCACUACGGCGAGAAGUCCGAGAAAACCAUCAACAUCAUGAAGACUCUGAUUGAGCACUACCGCGUGACCAAACAAGAGGAAAAGAUCCAGACUUGGACUCUCAAGAUCCAGAGUCUUACCACCACCAAGUACGACGGCGAUGAUAUUCGUGAUCUCAGUGUUCGUCUGAACGGCCAUAAGCAGGACACAGGUGACACAAGUGCUCGCUUCCGCCUGGACGCCGAGUACGACGAGCUCCACGAAAAGUCCGAAUCGUUCGAGGGCCAGAUCACUAUGGCCGAGAGGUACACUGCCCAAGGCCUCCUUGACCUAGCCGAACGCGUGUAUGUUGAGCUUUGGCAGCAGGCUAAGACCCAGGAACACAAGCUGCAGUCUAUUCUUGCUUACUCGAAGUUCUUGACGGCCCAGAAAAGAGAGCAUGAGGUUUCUUCCAUCCUAUCCAGCGUCUGGGAAGAGCUUAAGAAUAGUACUCACACUCUUUCCGAGACGUCGACUUCGCACUUCGAGCAGAUUGCCAAAGUGAUGAUCACCGUUGGUCUCACCGUCACAGCCUUGAAUGUCUUCAAGUACUGUGCCUCGUUCUACCAGCGUACCAACCGUACAUCAUCCUACUCCGAGGUUCAGAAGCACAUUGUAUCCACCUCGCAACAUGUCAAGGAACAAGCCAGCUCUUCGUCGUCGUACUUCUCCGAGACCACCCUAGAGGAGAUUGUCUACGAGGCUUCCAGUUCCUCCAAGCUCGACCAAAGCUCGUUCACUGCUACCAGUACUUUGCUGGAGAUGUACACCAAGGAGCACCGCUGGAAGGAUGCCAGCCGUCUCCUCAAGAAGGUCCUCCAUGGUAUUUGGCCUUCCCUGUUCGCUCCUUCCAUCCAGGAUGUUGUUCUCCCACAGGAGCACACUGACAAGGCCGUGGAGCUUGCUGAGCGUUUGAGCCAGUGCUACCACUACCGCCGUCGCUUCGCCCGCGAGGAAGGUAUUCGCGGCCGCGUGCAUCGCGCGGUCCGUGCCGCCCGGCCAGUGGGUGACAAGCUGAGGGAGACUAUCAAGGAUCAGCUGAUCAUCUUCUUCGAGCGGUCUUCCCAGCCCGACAAGGUGAUAACCACCUACCAAGAGCUUUUGGACGACUACACCGAGCACUACAGCCCUGAACACCCCACUGUGAUCAAGACCCUGUUCACUUUGGCUGAGCUUACUCGUCCUCGCCCCGUGUUCGUGGACUACUACCAACGCAUCGUUCGCGCCUUGAACAAGGACUCACCGGUCAUCAAGCCCGAGGCAUUGGAGCCCAUCGUCAUCGUUGCAACUGAGCUGUGGGCCCAAACUCGCUACACUGAUGCCGUUCCCUACUUCACUCUGCUCUUCACCACUUUCUUGAACCCGUCCAAGCAGAGUCCUAAGUUCCAGGAUGCAACGUUUGUGCAGAGUGUCUUCGAACGUUACACUCACUGCUUGCGCAACAAUCGCACUGAAUUCACCUUCAUCCACAAGGUCACCACCGAGUUCUACAACAAGGUCAAAACAGUAUUCGGAGCCACUGCCACGAUAACCAUCCAGACUAUCCUGACCCUUGCCAAGGUGAGCCAGGAGAGCAAGACCUACGAGAGUAACGCCAUCACUCUCUACGAGGAGCUGCUCAACCUCAAGCCUGCCGGCGUUAACCUUGAAGAGAUUGAGGCCACCCUUGACGGUAUCUUUGAGGAGCAGAUCGCUAGCGCUACCUCCCAGUCUCAGUCCGUUUCUUCCGAGCAGACGAAGCGUGUCACUAAGAUCUUGCACAAGCGUAUUGAGUCCGCUCGCGAGACAUACGGCUGGGCUCACGAGGAGACCCUCACUAGACUUCAGGAGGUAAUUUCAUUCCACUCCAGCCACAAUAACACCCAGAUUGUGUCCAAGGAGCUCCACGAGUCAACGAAGCAGAUACUGUCCUCUGAGACCUCUUCGGAGCGCCUUGUUGCCGCAGCCACCACCAUUGCUGCCGGCUACAUCUCUACCAGCCAGGCUCAGAAGGCCGUUGAGCUGUCCCAGGAGCUCUAUCGCCAGAUCGUCAUGAAGGACACCUCCAACUCAAAGGAGCUCCAGAUCGAUGUCUCAUCCAAGGGCCGCCAGAGCCUUGUCUUCUUAGCCCAGCUUGAGCACAGCCUGCGCCAGGGUACCACCAGCGUCACUGAAAUUUUCGCCUCUUUGACCACCGAGUAUGUCUACUUCGAGGAGUUCCGAAGCCAUAUCAAGUCCAAUAGGAACUCUCUCUACACAGUCUCGGUUUCUGCUACCCGACUCUACAACUUCCUGCUCGCCAACAAGCGCCACGUUGCUGCUAAUAGCGUCUUCAACGACUUUGUCACUUAUUUCGUCUCCAGCGAAGGAGCACGUAUCAAGUUGACUGAGACUGCUCAGGUGACUGUCUUCCUCCAGACCAUCAUCGGCUACCUCACUCAGCACCAGUCCUCGAACUUCGUCCGCUCGGUCGGUAUUGCCUCCAAUGCCAAGGUGCUCGAGCUGCUUGAGGCUAAGAACUACGAUGGUGCUACUAACCUUGCCCUGGCUUCCUUCCGCUACAUUUCAGCUCACGAUGUCUACCGCACCCCUGAUGUUGUCAAGUUCGUCUUCACCCUGGGUCUGCUGAUCUCUGGCCACAGCCUUACGCCCCAGCCGGCAGCGGCUGUCCAGAAGCAGCUGCGUGGCGUGUCCAUGAUCAUCAUUCAGGAGGUCAUUCGCGUCAUCGUUGACCUAAAGAUCAACCUGGCCCAGCUCAACUUGGACUACCUCAACACCCUCAUCGGCCUCCUCGGUGAGCAGCAAGACUACAAGAACCUCGUCUGGCUGCUCGGCGAUCUCUGGAACAGCCGCAACAAGCAAGCGAACUGGACCGCCUCCAUCACCCUCGACCUAGCCCGCCGGUAUAUCCUGGCCCGUUUCCUGGUUGGUGAUUCCAUUAAGGCCACCCGCCUGGCUGAGGACAUCGUGUACAACUGCCGCCGCGUCAACGGCGCUCGCCACACGAGCACCCUCGAGAUGUCCACCCUGCUCUCGCAGCUGUACACCGCGAUCGCGCAGCGCUACCAGUCCGAAAAGAACGGCCAGCACAUGGCCAACAAGUACUACAAGAAGAGUGCCGGUGUGCACGAGAGCCUCCUCCGCGUUUUGGUCGACCCCUCGCUUGCCGAGUUCGAAGGUGCCCUCGACGGCAGCUUCAGCAUGGAUGGCUCCACCUAUGACCUGAACAUGCAUGAGCAGGGCUCCGACAGCGGAUACUCGCUGACUAGCGGCGAGCAUGUCCGAGCCCACCUCAACCUGCUCAAGCUCUCCGUUCAGCGACUAGGUGACUGGCCCAAGGAAUACAGCGAGUACAAGGCUCUCAAUGACAGUCUCUAUGUGGAGUUUGGCGAUGAGCUGAAGGGUUUCGAGGGUGUUGAGAAGUGGGACCUGAAGACCUUCGGUUCCGGCAAGGCUGCCAGUUCCGAUGACAUAUUGGAUCUGAAGGCCUUCACUUGGUCUAUUCAGCUCGGCCAGCAGAAUGGCGAGAUUGAGGAGGAGCUGUAG